UUUACCUUUAUGUUGGCAGGUGGUGUCGAGAGGGUCACCUUCCCUACAUGUCAGCUCAAUAUCUGCUAAAGCCAAACAUGAAAUUAUUUUCCCGUGACCUGUUCUUCUUGAAAGAUACCAUGAAACUACCAACUGCAAAGAACUUACUGGGUAUCGCUGGAAAUUUGAGCAUAUUCCUCAGCAUUCAAGUUGUACCUUUACCAUCCAUUGGUGAAGUCAUAGCCAGACUUGUCAAGUUGCUACAUUUACCAGAGUCAAUAAAAGAACUAGCUCAAGAAGUAUUAGAAUGUGAUGGAACAUUCCUAAAGCCAAGUGGAGUUAAUAUACCAACCAUUGAGGUGUUGGCUAUGGCAUCUAUUAUUGUGGUACUGAAGUUGAAUUGUGGCAUUGACGACAAUCAAGAAUUUCAACUUUCUCGCGCUGCAGCCAGGAUUAAUGCAGAAUUUCAGCCUCACAACAUCAUAUCACCACUUUUUUCAUGGGAUGAGUGGGAAAGGUACAUCAACCGAGUGUUGUGGUUCUGCAGUCAAGUAGAUCCUGUGUGUGCACUGCAUUGCCAGAAAUGGGAUCAGUUGUUCAGAAUGGAUUCUUCACAGAUCUCAAGAUUUUACUGGACUGAAGGAGUCUGGAGAAAUCCUCAGACUAUUAUGAAGCCAGAUAAAAUAAGGCAGUCAGUAACAUGGAAAUUACUUUACAACCAAAAUCAAUCAAUUGAUAAGAUUUUAAAUGCACCUUCUGCAUUCAAGGCAACACAACAGCCAUUUAUGAGUAUUAUUGAGCAGUUCCUUGAUCAACAUAGAGGUGAUAACAGUAUUCAAGAAAUGGUCAAGGUUGCAGAGGAUCUUACAAAACAGUCUUUCUCUGAUCACUACCUAGAUUGGACUGAUAAUAUAUGUGGUCUACAAAGGAAGUUGCAGAAGUGUAAUUCAAAUAUUAUUAUCCAGCCAGAAAAAGUUAUUAAAAAUAACAGUGAAAAUAACAGUGCAAGUAAAUGUAAAGAUCACUCAAAGAAUGCCAGAGACAUUAGUCUUGGUGAUUCAUCAUUGCUAGGGAAAAAAAGGAAAAGAUCAAGAGAAACAAAAGAUGUUGUGAUUAUUCCUCAACCUUUGAAACAUGUUUGGAAGGUAGAAUUUGCUCGAGGUACUAGUAAGUGGAAAAGCACUUUCAGUGAUUUACCCUGUAGCUUUAAGUGGCUCAUCUGUCUUGGCUGCCUAGUAUGUGAAACAACUGAGGAGGAGCUUUUCUAUAAUGUUGUAAAGCUUGACAAUAGCUGCAAAAAGGUUGAAAUUAAUAGCUGCAAAAAUGUUGAAAGAAAGAAUAGCUGCAAAAAGGUUGAAAGAACGAAUAGCUGCAAAAAGGUUGAAAGAAAGAAGAAAAAAAAAUUAGAAGACUCCCACCUCCAUAUACCAUCCAUUAAGUCUCCCUGGGAGCCUUGAUGGAUUUGCUUUUUUCUUCGUUCUUUCCUUCUUUAGUAUAUUUUAUUCAUUCAGUAUCUUGAGAAUGGUAGGAUCAUAUCACUUCAGAAUUAACCCUCUCAUUGCACAUGUCCCAUUUAUGUGACAGCAUUUAUAUAUCUGUGCACUAGGUGUGAAGUAUUUACGGGUUGGGCGCUUUAAAAAAUAUUGCGCACACUCUUACAAACAGCAGAAAGCUAAAAAUCUCUUCUGUUGGCAUCACUUGAUUUUGCUAUAUGAGUGGGAAAUAUUUUUUUGCAACUAUGGUGCCCAGUUUGAUCAAGAUUUACAUCUUGAUGCAAACUGGGCACUUUACAGGACAAAGAAAUGUAUAUUCCCUUUAUGUGUUUGCCCUUAGGACAAUUAUUUCUUUUACCUGCAUUGUAUAUAUGUGUAGGUAGACACACACACACACAAAAUACAUAUAAAUAAAUAAUAAUGGGAAAAUACUCUCACAAAUCAGAAACAAAUUUAUUAAAAAUGUGACAGUCUACCCUCAAGUCCGUGCGGUGUUACUUUAUUAAGAAAGCAUGUACUUGGGGGUAUGAAUGGCUCCCUGUCUCAGCCGCAAAAAUGCCGGCAACUUAAAAACUACCAGCAGACAUUCUUGGGUACAUCCAGGGUGUCAUCCGUGUGUGCAUCAUCCAUUAUUUUAUACUAAGUCUGUGUGUACAUGAAUAUGAUAUAUAAAUGUUGUUAAAAGCACUUGUAAUACAGUAUUACCCCUCUAUACUGAAAUUCACGGUAGGUACUGUAUACUGAACUGCUCUUUAGAUUCAAGUAUUAUUUCUCUAUACCGAACGAAUUCGUUAUACGGUAUACCAAACCCUCCAUUAAACCGCUCCUCAAAUGUCUCAAAUACAGUAUUCACAUGUAAUACUGUACUGUAAUAAUAAUAAGAAGAGUGAUUUUACCCUCUUACAUAAGAUAAAUCUUUAUUUUUACUCCAGUGUAUUGUGCUCUUUAUGCCCAGAGAAGUUUUUUAUUUUUAAUUAUUUAAAUUAUUUUAUUUCAUUUUUUUUUCUUUUUUCUCUUCUCCAAGCACCAGUAUUUAGACCAAGGAAUUGUUAUUUCUACAUCAAUUUGAUACUUUUGGCUUUAGAAUAGCUUGGUCUUUCAUACAAAGUAAAAAAUAUAUAUAAUUUUUUUUACUUCAAAUGCCAAGUAAAAAUCCAAAAAUGUCUUCCCCCACUUCCAAUUUCAAAAAUACUCACAGGCCAAAACUGAGCACUAUAAACCACUAUAAGCACAAAAUUAUGAGGUUUUCAAUGAUGCAAUUGGAUUUUUGCUACAUGUAAUACUCUUCUUGUGAAUUAUGAAAUGCUUAAAACAAAACACUAAGCAAAAUGUGACAAUUUUUCAUACAUAUGCUACAAAUAUUUUUAAAUUGUAUUGUAAUGUGGAGUAAUGCUCAGCAAACAAUGAAGGGUACCCAAGUUUUUGUGCAAUGGACUGAAUGUGUUUCAGUUCUUCAUCAAUAAAUUCAGGGUCACAAAUACGCAAACACCUCAAAAACAUAGCAGAAAAAAACUGACAUUGUGGUAGAUUCAUGGUGACUCGAUAAUAAAUGUAUGAAACUCUA